AUGAUAACAGUAAAGGCAAAUCAUUAUUUAUCACAAAAGAGAGCAGCGAUUAAAUGGAUUGAAGUAGUAUUGGAUAUAAAGAUUAAUAGUGGAGCAAGUGAUUUCAUUAGUACACUGUAUGAUGGUGUGUUGCUAUGUAGAGUGAUGCAAACCAUCAGUCCAGGCUUGAUGCCACGUAUCUCUGUACCAGACCCAAACACACCUCGUACAAUAAUCCAAUUCAAGAACAGCGAGAAUAUAUCAUUCUUCUUGCAGGCCUGUCAGGACAUGGGCGUGCCUCGUCACAAGCGCUUUGCGCUGGCCGAUCUUUGCGCGGCGCACCCCACCUACACCAACAUCCGCCGCAUUAUCGACACACUCGAAGCCAUCUGCAAGCUGGCCAACGCCGACCCACAGUACGAAUUUGACGUGCCAUGGCCCAUUGUCGACGCCAAGGACGAGAAGUUCACAGAGAGCGAGCUGGUCGAGGCCGAAGGCCUCCUGGCGCAGUUCACCAUCAGGGAGACCAAGCGACAAGAGGUGAUCAAGAAGAGCCAGGCGCGCUCCGUGCCUGGCAGUGACUUCUCCGUGUCAGCAACAAAGAAUCAACUGUUUCAACAUGUUGCCGAUCAGAAGAAGAUGUAUCCUGAUAACUCGCCAAAGAGAUACAGCUUGCUUCUCAAGGACAUGAUAGCACAUACAUGGGAAUCACAUCCUGAUUACAAGUCGUUGAAGGAGGCAUUUGACUCGAUGAAUACUGUGGCCGAGAAGAUGAAUGAGGCCAAGCAACAGGCGGAGAAUAGAUUGAAGUUGGCAGAGAUACAGGAGAAGUUGGCAGGUGGCAGCGAGUCCUUUGUAAAGGCCAGCAGACGAUUUGUAAAGGAAGGCGAGUUCAUGGAGGUUGGCGGUGGCACCAAGGCCAAGAAGACACCACUCAUUCUCUACCUGUUCAAUGAUAUUCUGGCGGUCACCAAGCCAUCCAAGUCAUCAGGAUCAUUCUUUGGCAAGCAAAAGACCAUUCGACUACAGUUUGAGAAUAGUUACAAGCUAACCAAUCUCAAGCUUCGUCAACUCGAAGACACAAGCUCAUACUCCAACGCGAUCAAGAUAUCAACCAACAGUGACAAUGCCAUCGUUAUAUGUGCAGCGGACAGUGAUACAUUGGAAGAUUGGAUCGCAGCCAUCAAGGCUGAGAAGGCUGAGGCUGAGAAGACACAGAAGGAUCAAGAUGAGAGGAUUACGUCAAGUGUGAGCGAGAAGGUCGCCGAUACCAAACAGAAGCUGGAACAACAAUUCGUUUCAAGGACAUCAGGUCAAUAUGCUCCAAUCGACCCUGAUGCACAAUCACCUCCACUCGAUUCGGAUAACUCAAGUUCAACAGGAUCCAAUGUUGAUAAAACUGGAUCACCAUCAACACCAGGAAAGAUGAGUCUGCGAGAAAAGAGAAUGAAGUUGGUACAAGAGUCAAGAAGUAAUAGAUCCAGUGUAUCAUCAUCA